AUGGCUGCUGCGCGCCCGGAGUUCCCGAGUCGGAGCUCACCGACCUCGGAGUCCAGAUCUCCGGAGCCACCGGACCUGGUCCUGGUGCCUGAUGAUGGCCACCCCACUACACCCUCGAGUGACCUCAUCGAGAUCCAGGUGGUGAAGGUGACAGACACCAACCUGGUCCCUGAGCCCCCGGAGCCGGGCUCUCUUCACUGUGCCUUGUGCCCAGCUGCCUUCCGGCUGGUUUCCGAGCUGCUGUUCCAUGAACAUGGCCACCUGGCCGGGGCUGAGGGUGGCCAGCAGGGUGGGGACCCAAGCCGGUGUCACGUGUGUGGCCACAGCUGCCCAGGUCCUGCCAGCCUCCGGGCCCACUACAGCCUACACACAGGAGAGCGGCCCUACCGCUGCCCCCUUUGCCCCCGGGCUUUCAAGGCCCUGGCGCCUCUGCUCCGGCACCAGCACCGACACGGAGUGGAGCCGGGGACCUCCCAGAGGCAUCCAGAAGCCGCAGCGGUUCAGGAGCAGAGGCCCGGGGUGCCCCAAGAGAGGGCGGAGGUGGUGAUGGCGGCGGCUGCAGCCGGAGCAGCCAUGGGGAAGCCCUUCGCGUGCAGGUUCUGCGCCAAGCCGUUCCGCCGCUCCUCAGAUAUGCGCGACCACGAGCGGGUGCACACGGGCGAGCGGCCGUAUCACUGCGGCAUCUGCGGCAAGGGCUUUACCCAGUCCUCAGUGCUGAGCGGUCAUGCCCGCAUCCACACGGGCGAGCGCCCCUUCCGCUGCUCUCUCUGCGACCGCACUUUCAACAAUUCCUCCAACUUCCGCAAGCACCAGCGCACCCACUUCCAUGGCCCCGGGCCUGGCUUGGGACACUCUGGAGGCCAGCUGGGAUCGGUGGCAGGGACAGGGAGUGAGUGUGGGGCGGGAAACACCUUGGAAGAGGGGCGAGGGGAAACCAUGAAUGUGAAAGUGGAGGUUGACCAGUAGGCUGGGAGAGUGGGGGACACGGGGGAAUUAACAUGGAAGUAGAAGACAGAUUGCAGGGAAGGGGGAUGGGAAAAAGGCACGGAGCAGAAAAGGGAAGGUUGGGGGAGAGAUGACAUCAGGGCUAACGGAGAUAGCCACGAACAGGUAGGGUUGGAUAGUAGAGGAAGAGGAGAGGAAGAGCCAGGUUCAGGACCCCCCACAAACUCUUGCAACAGCUUUGUGAGGCUUAGGAAAAGGUACAGUUGCAGCCACUUGGAUGCCCAGCUAAACACAAGCAACAUGGGCUAGAUUUUAUUGCCCCAGUUGCCUCCUCAUUGGGUUGUCCUUGUGUAAGACACAACUUGCCACAGCAGGACACAACUUGUCACAAGAAAGCCUGGGCACUAUGAAGGAGAAGCCAGGGUUGAGCGGAAGGGGUGGAAUCGAGGUCCUCCAUAGCACCUCUAGUCCAGCCUUCCAUCUGCAGAACCCUGGACUAUCUUGGGGGCUUCCUAGGGUGGACCAGGAUAGAAUCAUUUGCCUACCUCACUGGAUUGCACUGGACCUGGGGUGCCUACCCACCUUCUGGCAGAAGAUGCCCACAAGGUCCCCCAUAAAGAGACUCUGGGAUCCAUCACCUCAAAGCCAGAGGGUCCCCAAGUCACAACCGAGAGCCACUGAGGCCUCAAGUGUGUAAACCUGACCAUAAGGAUCUUUACUCCAAGAGCUGCCACCCCCACCCCCAUGGUGGUCCCUCCUAAACCCACCUAGACUGCUAUUUGGAGGUAACUGAAAACAUGGAUGACAAAUAGCCACCUCAUAUGCCCUUUCAAAAGCUUUAGGCUCACAGCCUGUGGCUUCCCAGAUCUACAAAGUAGCUUCAGGUUUCUGUAAUACCCUCCACUCCCAAUCUGAAGCAAACAGCUUAUUGCCCAGUCCUCAAACAAUCCCAAAGAAGGUUUAGCUGAUAACGGCAUGGCAGGCUGGUCGGGAUUUAAAACUUGGAUGUGGUGGGUAUGGAAUAAGAGCCACUGAGGUGGUGGGGAGAUGAGGACUUGGAGCUGGAGGUGGGAAACCUCCAGUUCUGUUCCCAUUAAAGGAUUUUCUGAAGGGUUUCUUUAUGUUGGUCUUGUAUUUGGGUUGUCUGUCUUUGGCGGGCAGGGGUAAAGGGACCACAUUGGUCUUGCUACCAGUACUAGGUUGCAGUGCGCCUCUCUCCAAACCUCUGUUUCCUCAUCUUCAAAAUGGAGGUAAAGACUUCCACUUUCCAGUCUGGCAUGUAAGAGCUUGGAAGUCAUCACUCCCAUCCUCACAACAAGAAAAAAGCUGGAAAAUGGAAAAUCAACAUAUAGAUCCAUCAGAGAAUGGAGGUCACAGAGCAAACCACUUCCCAGAAAACUGGAGAGAGAGACAAGCUGAUUGAAUCACCGCUUACCAGAGGCAGAACCCUCUGCUGCUAGACCCAACAUGGAGUAGGACUACUUAAAGAGUAAUCGAGUAAU